AUGAUGUGUUGUGCAUCUUUUAAAGCACGUAGUCAGCGGAAAAAACAUCAACGGCAAGAGGAAAAACUACUCGUUCUUGGCAUUGAAGGAUCCGGAAAAUCAACAUUAACGAAACAAAUGCUCAUGUUUUUAGACAAAGAUUAUUUGGAAAAGAACAAACAUUCGUUUGUCAAAGUUGUUUAUGAAAAUAUUUUCAUGGCAGUACAAUCAAUGAUCCGUGCGAUGGAUACUCUCAAAAUAUCAUAUAGAAAUAAAAUAAAUGAGAAAAACGCUGCACUUCUGCAAUCGAUUGAUUAUCAAACUAUGACAAGUCUUCAGCCGAAAUAUGUUGAAGCGAUGAAAAAUCUUUGGAGUGAUUAUGGAAUAAAAGAAUGUUAUCAAAGACGAAAUGAAUAUGAAGUAAUCGAUUCAGUGAAAUAUUUUUUAGAUGACAUUGAUCGGAUUUCUUCACCAGAUUAUUUAGUAAAUAAACAGGAUGUUCUACAUAUUCGAGAAGCGACGAAUGGAAUUGUGGAAUAUCCAAUUGAUCUGGAUGGUGUUCCGAUACGGAUUAUUGAUACGAGUGGACAAAGAUCGGAAUAUCGAAAAUGGAUUCAUCAUUUCGAGAAUGUCACUGCGAUUAUAUUUCUUCUCGCAUUAAAUCAAUAUGACAACGAAGAUGCGAUGGAAGAAAGCAAGACGUUGUUUUGUUCGGCCAUGACUUCUCCAUGGUCUAAAAAUUCACCUGUGAUCCUUAUGUUGAAUAAAAAAGAUCUAUUCGAAGAAAAAAUUAUGCAUUCACAUUUAGUUGAUCAUUUUCCCGAAUUCGACGGACCAAAACGUGAUGCACAAGCAGCACGAGAAUUUCUUCUCAGAACUUUUGUUGAUCUCAACACAAAUAGUGAUAGAUAUAUCUAUUCACAUUUCUCUUGUGCAACUGAUAUUGGAGAUGCUCAAUUCGUCGUUUAUAUUGUUAAAGUCGCGAUUCUUCAAGCCAAUCUUAAAAACGUAUCAAUUUCUUAA